AUGGAUUUAUUCAGUAUUUUGGACGGCACCCCCGAGCCUCCCAUAGUAGAUCUCCACUUGGACAUAGAUAAUAUUUCCGGAGAAUAUGAUCUAGCCACUCCAAUGUUUGACUUCCAGAAGGAACUCACAGACCAAAUAGUGUCACUUCAUUACCCCGAUAUUCUCAAGUAUUGCGAGACCAAUGACACUACGGAACUCAUUAUCAAGUCGCUCGAGAUUUGUGUAGAGAAUUGCAUGUUGGUGGCCUCCCACCCUUAUCUACUAAUAAAACACUACAUGCCCAAGAACUUCAAUGUGCGCGAUCUUCCUGCAAAGCUAGCGGAGACCAGCGGUAAAUUCAGCGUGUUGAGGAAUGUGAUCAAUGUGAUCCUGCUGAAUCUGAUGCUGCCUCUGGCGAAAAAUGUGGGGAUCAUUAUGAGAAAUGACCAAAAGACUCUAGACCUAACAGAAGCGCUACUUUUGGGCACCCAUGGCCAGAAACAGAUCUACCGCUAUGUUGGAAAUAGUGUUAAGCGCGAAUCAAACAAGAGCGGUCGUACCAGUGCUCGAGACUCUCGUAUUACGAACCUUCAUUUACUUCCUAGUGAUGGGGAGAUCACUCGCUUCUCUUCCGAACUACCUGGUGUCAAGUUCGAUAUCCUCAUAGCAUUAGACGGUACAGUAGAUACAAAGGGGGACUUCGUUAGUCGUUUAAAGGUACAAGGGUGCCGGGGUAAUGACGCUGCAGUCAUUUUAAAGCUCAUCCCUAUGUUCUCUAUAGAGCACUGUCUUGAGCACUACUCCAGCGAAAAAAAUACUGCUUCAUUCUUAUACAAGCUCAUAUCCUCAAUUGUCUGUCUCCGUGAUCAAGUGGGCAACUUGCUGCCGGACCUAGUUCCGAUCUACAAUCACAAUUUAACUUACCUAUCACACACAUUUUUUGACCAUGUUUUUCGUCGUGAGCUAAGAUCUUUUCCAAAGUGGCCUCUUCCAGAACUUCCCAACAUUUCUAGCUUUUCCGCCACCGAUGUUGAACGCUCGUUGUUAACUGAAGUCGUCUACCACUACACGCCAUAUGAUUCCAAUGAGCUUCUGGGGGACACGGCUUACAAAACGAAGAAAUCGUACUAUGAGAGCAAAAGACUUCAGCUGGAUUAUGUCACGAAUCCAUUGAAACACAAUUACGCUUCAUUGAGUGGUAUUCACAACCAUCACCUGUCGACACUCAAAUCCGCAAAAGAUCCUUAUAUCAUGACACAUAUGCUUUUAUUGAAGCUUAACGCAGGAUAUUCUGACCUUUCUCUAAUCAAGGAAGAAUUUGACUCGUACAUUAAUUUCAACACAGCAGAAAAACAACGCUCAUUCGGCAGAAGAUUGGAUGAAAUAAAGCGCGCUCUCACCUCUAUAAUUGAGGAUUGUGAUCAUGCUGAGCAAAGGCUACUGGUGACACAAAAGAAAAUAUCCAAGAAAGGUGAGGAGAACGAAGUACUCUCGAAGAAUAUCUCUGAUUUGAACAAACAACUUACAUCGUUCGUCGAAGAUAAAAAAUUUGAAAGUGGCUCAGCUAAGGAAAAAUUUGCAAAUCAACAAUUGCGUAUCUGGGAAUUGCAAAAUGACAUCAAGGCUCUUGUCGCCAAAACUAAGUCAAAAGAGGAAGAAAAAAGCUACAUGGAAACCGAGCUCGCGUCAUGCAAAGAUUCUAUUGAAAAGUCCAAAGCACAAAUCCACACCGCAACAGAGGAAUGCAAGGUUCUCAAAAAUAAAAUCAAUGAGGCAUCAGAAAUGGAAGAAUCCGAAGCGCGUGAGUUUAAGAAACUCAGAGCUCUGAAACUAUCGGAAAUUGAAUCUGCUCGGACAACAAACGAUAAUUUGAAGAGCAAUUUUGCUUCGACCCUCAAGUUUCUCAGGGAAACCUCACACAUCAAAAAACGCAAGGGUAGAGGAUUAACCCCAAGCGGCAGGUGA